AUGCUUAAUGAUUCAACUGAUAUUUAGACGUAAUCAAAAGACUAACAAAACUAAUAACCCUAAUAUCCUUAUUUUGUGUAUAACUUUCCACCUACUUCCAUGAUGGAUUAUAAUAACUCUCAAAUUCCAUAAUUAUAAAUUAGAAACUCAAGUAUAAUGUGAUUUUCUAUAAAGAUGACUCAAUUUUUAAAGAUAAUUUACAAAUCCCAGGAUUCCUUUAAGGCCUCUCUGUACCGAGCUUUUAAUUCAAUAAUUCCAAUUAAUUUUAUUUGAAUGAAUAGAAAUCUCCAUAUGUCCCUUCUAUGGCAAGUGCAUUAGCAUCUGUUUUUAAUGAACAACAAAUAUCAAGUUUGUAAAAUGAGAAUAAAAGAAAUCGAAUAAUAAUAGGUACUUAAACACUUUGCGAUAUAGAGAUGAUAUUUGUAUAAAGGUAUUUCGAUAUUAAAUCCCAAGUAAAUUGAUGUAAUAUUUUAGUUAUUUUGUCCUCCAAAUAUUAAAUACACCUUAAAUGAAGAGAGAUCCAUUUCGAAUUCAGCUUGGAUGAAGGAUCGAAUAAAAAAUAGAUAUAAAAAACCAGUAAUAUAUUUUUUAGAGUAUGUAGAUCAAGGAAUCUAUGUUUGAUUUAAUUAAUGUGUUGUCUACAGAUGAAGAAUAGAGCAAUAGAUAAUUUUAUGGAUAUCAUUAGUUUUAGUCUUAUGGAUUUGAUAAUUUAGAGAAGUAAGUGGCUAAAUCAGUAAAAUAAGAGAAACCUUUUACUGAAAUGAUGGUAGAAAUACAAUUUUUAAUGAAAUAAUUUUUAGUGACAAAAUUUUGA